AUGCCAAACAAAGCAGCGAAUCUACUCAUGGACACAAGUUCGUAUGAUAAUGGGCAGUUUUGGUUAUUCAACGAUGCGAACCCGCAGAUGGUCCUUCUUGGAGCUGUCGGGUUAAUUAUUGUGGAUAUUUGCUAUAUGAUUGUGACGCUAAGGAUGCUCUUUUGGAGGGAUAAACUAUUUGGCUCUGCUUAUCAGAGUUACCCAGCCAAUCUCGACGUAUCUUUCUCAUGGAUGAGAUCGGAUGGUCCGCUGUUCAAGCGCAUUCGGCAUUUAUGGGACGAGCUUACUGCAUUUGAAGGAAAAAAUCGAAAGAAAUGGAACGCAUUUCUAAAGCUUUUUGACUUGGCGAUGGAGACAGCCAUGCUACGUCAAUUACUGCGGAGUGGAAGCCCUGCUAGUCUUACGUACGGUUUUGCUGGAUUCCUAUCUCUAAACGCGUUAUCCUGCGUCACAAACGUCUUAACGGGUCGAUUUACAGCAUUAACCGAGAUCUUCAUCGACUCAGUAUUCGACUUAUCCGCAGCCGUCCUGUUUCCAAUUGUGACGCUAGUCUACUGCUACUACAACUUCGAUUUCGAUCGAGAAGUCUAUCUCACAUACUUGGAAAAGCUCCCACCCGGAAGUUUUGAGCACCUUGCUCGUUCGUUCGCUGACCAGUCAAAAAUCGCCUUGUUUCGCGUAAAUUUUGACUCUCUUCGCAUCGAUUCGCUACUGGAUUUCGCACUCCGAAUCAGUAUGAACUUGACAUUUUGCUAUCGCUUUGAACGCCUCUUGCAGGCAAUUGUGUGGAUACGACAUCGCGGAUUGAUUAUCCAAAGACUAAAACGACCAAAAAUUACGCCAGUAACACAAAAUUCUGUACCCACAGGUAUCUCCGCCGUUUUUGUGGUAAUUUGUUUCACAGUAUUCUUGGCGACACACAAAGCCAUUGCAGACUCAAAAGCAUUGUGUGCGCCACAUGCUGAGUGUGUUGUGUAUGCUCAUCGAUGGGAAACCAGUGACGAGCAUUGUCCGUGCCUCAUCCUGAUAGAUGUGGAUACCGCGCCUAAGACGUACCAGGAGUGGAUUAAUCCCAUAGACGCGUAUGAAAAAGUGGAAACUCUCGCAUAUGCCGGUUUACUGACAUCACUUCAAGUGAUCAACCGACAACUUCUCGAGUGGCCGGAUGAAUUGCGCAAGUGUCGUAACCUGAAAGUCAUCCAACUGAUGUAUACGAGUACAGAGCACAUUCCAUCAUGGACAACAGAGCUAAAAAGUCUUGAAACAAUUCAAGUUGAAGGAAAAUACGGCAGUCCAAACCUGCUUGAUCUUCCUGACGAUCUUUUUGGCGACUUACCUCAAUUAUCGAUGAUUCACCUUGGUCUUCACGAGAAUAUCGACCAUAUUCCGCCGCUUAUAGGUGUUCCGAAUCUACGAAGCUUAUCUCUCGCUUGGAUUACUCGACUCCACACUUUACCAAGCUUUAAACACGUACCCAAGCUGGGUCGACUUAUUCUAUCCCUCUUGCCAAGUAUGGAGCAGAUCCCUGAUAUGGCUCCGCUGCAAAAUCUCGUUGAAUUUGUCGUGCUUCGACCAAACCACAUGUGCUGCAAUGGCUUCCUCGGGACGUGUAACUUGAGUCAUAUUUCAUGCCAGAGUUACCCGUCGUCUCGAACACCAGCAGCGUCAUGUAUAAUGAACGACACAGAUCCGCACUUCCCUGUUACUCCGUAUCUGGGAAAUAACGGAACGCAAACAGCCUUUGAGAAAUUUGCGCCGCUAAUCUGCCAGUCAUCACCAUUCGAUUCGCCAGACUAUCUCAGCUUUCCUACCAAAGAGACAAUAGAAAUGUGUGACGGUAAGCCAUAUCGACAGUGCUUUCUGCCAGGUAACAGAACUGGACUGUGUUACAACACGCGGUUUCAAGUGUUAUCGUGUCUCGCCGAUGAUAAUUAUGUUGCGUUACGACGGCUUCAGAUUCAGAAAGAGGUUGGUCCGAGAUGUGAUCCAGUUGAAGAGAAAUGGCUCGGAUGUAGGGGAUAG